CUGAACCAAUGGCCUCGCUCCAUCUCAGCCAUGUUCCAGUACAGCAUCUAUCCCAUCUCCUUCUCUGUGGGCAAUGCUGAUGAGUGGAAGAAGCUCUUCAAGCCCUGUGCUGCUCAGAGACUCUUCCUCCCUGUCAUCCUGAAGGACGUGGACUCUUUACUCUACGUGGACACCGACGUGCUGUUCUUGCGGCCCAUGGAUGAUAUCUGGAGGCUGCUGAAGGCCUUCAACAGCACCCAGCUGGCAGCAAUGGCCCCGGAGCACGAGGUGCCAAAGAUCGGCUGGUACAGCCGCUUUGCCCGUCACCCGUUUUACGGGGUCACGGGGGUCAACUCUGGAGUCAUGCUGAUGAAUCUCACAAGGAUCCGCAGCAGGCUGUUUAAGAAUGGCAUGAUUCCCAGUGGUCUGUCCUGGGACGAUCUUCUCCAUCCACUUUACCAGAAAUACAAGAACCACAUCACCUGGGGUGACCAGGAUCUCCUUAACAUCAUCUUCCACUACAACCCAGAGUGUCUCUUCAUCUUUCCCUGCCAGUGGAACUACAGGCCUGACCACUGCAUGUACGGGAGUAACUGCAAAGAGGCCGAGGAGGAGGGCGUGUCCAUCCUCCAUGGGAACAGAGGGGUUUAUCAUGACGACAAGCAACCCGCAUUCAAAGUAGUUUAUGAUGCAAUACAUGAUUUUCCCUUCGAGGACAACAUGUUCCAGUCACUGUUCUAUCCCAUCCAGACCAAGUUCCUGGACACGGUCAACACACUGUGUGGUCGGAUUCCCCAAGUCUUCCUCAAGCAAAUUGAAAAGACAAUGAAGAAAGCGUUUGAGGAGAAAGUGGUACGCCACAUCAGACCACACAAGUGACGGAGAGAAACUGGACUCCUGUGGGUUACGUGUCAAACCUUCGGAUCGAGCUGGUUUUUCUGUGUUUGCACUGUUCAGCACACAAGACCUCGGGACCUGAGAGUCUUACGAUGCAGUGUGAUGGUUUUGGUAGUGAGCCUGAGUAAACAAAGAUGCAUACAGCGCUGAUCAAUAAUGCCAGAGAGCAGGUUUAGUUUUAUUUUUACAUCCUAACUUUAUGACUGUUGGAAAUCAGUAUUUUUUUUUCUAUAAGGCAAACGAAAGACAUCCGCUCGUCUCAAGUGUCAGCUGAAGACGUGCUGUGGUCAGUUGUGUGUUGAACAAAGAUAUUUGAGCUGCAUUUUUGUCCUUCAAAUUAUUGUUGUUUGGAAUAUUCUUGCUGUUCAGAAUAAUCCAACUUCUGACAGAUUUAGUACUUGAAAGGGUAAAACCACAAACCAACAGAUUUGUGAAUGUGAACUGGAAAUAUGCACCUGCAAGAAUGAGAAGCAACUAAAGGGAUAGUUCAGAUCUUCAGAAGUAGGUUUCUAUGGAAAUGUAUAAACAGUUCUUGUCUAACUUGCUGUACAUGGCUAUUUGAGUGGCCUCAGUUUGGAGAAAGAGAGUUUAAUUAUGACUGAAUUGAGAAUUUGUGGAUCAUCAGAGUAGGUUCAAGGUGGAGUCAGAUUAAAGCAACUCCAAUGUCAAACAGUUAUGGACACUUUUAUUAUUAUCUAUUUGAAUGUGUUUGAUAAUUCUACACAGGAAGUGCUACAGCUAGCUGCUGCUGGUUGUGCAAACAAAUACUCGUGUAAUUUGAAGUAAAAGUGGUGUUUAUGUUUAUAAAAUAACUUUUGCACAAACUGAUGAGAUGGGAGCAAUUAACUUAAGAACUGCCCCCACUAGCCAUUAGCUUAUCAAUCAGAUUACAAGCUGAGUUUAUUCAAAACGCUAUGUACAGCAAGUAAGAUAUUAACUGUUAAUAAUCUUUCCAUGGAAACCAAAUAAUUAAAAACUAUCACUUUAAAUCUGGGGUAAUUUCAGCAGUUGCUGUUGGGGUUUUUCCACCAAACUGGUGCCAGAGCAGGCGCUUUGCUGGUUCUAAACUGGUUCCUUUUCCACAGACUCGGGGCUUAGUCGGUGCUGUCAUGAUGUCAGUCAAGUGUGGGGACACACCUGUGUCCCACAUGAGGACAAAGCAUGUCUUCCUUCUCUUCUGGUUUACAACAUGGAAAAAAGUCUAUAAGAAUUGUACAAAUAACUUAGAAUAGAAAAGACAAUUGGUUUAUUGUCCCUCAAUGGGGAAAACAGCAGCAAUUACAUUCCCAACAGGAGCAAAGAUGUAGAAUAAAAACAGAAUAAGAGUAAUUAGAAAUGAAAAAUACAAGAAAACAAAACAGAAAUACCUAAAAUGUAAAAACAGUUCAAAAUGCUGAAAAUAUUCACAUUUAAAAAAUAAAUAUAGAGAAAUGAUGGAAAUACCGUGUGGAUUUUAAAAAGAGAUGGAGGAGUAUUACAGGGAAACAUGAAUGGAAAAAUGUGCCAGUACCAUAACCAACAUGUGCAGGUAAAACGACAACAAAAGAUGUGCAAAUUACAGAAACAGCAGGAAUGCAGGAAUGCUAACGGUUGGUUUAGGUGAGCAGCGGUGCAGGGUCCUGACCUCUAAUGCUAAUGUGCUGUCAGCAUAUUUUACACCUGACCACUAUUAAAACCUCUCUGUACCUCUACCCUUCCCUUUCACGGUUCUUCUUGCUCAUUGCAAACUUAAAAACUCUUCCCAACUUUUCUUAAAUAUUUGACUCAUGGCACUUUAACGGCAAAAAACUAAAAUGUUAAUGAACUCAUUUAUUUAAUUUAUCUCUGAAAGAGUCAUGUUGGUGAUCAGGUUGCUGAAUCAUGAACACCGGCGCUUCUGUUGGCGUCUCUUUUAGGAUCUAAGUUUAAACUUCAGACUAAGGGCCAUUCCCAUCUGUACCGGGUCGGCCCGGGCCGGGUAGCCCCAGUCGGCCCCAGCCUGGCCCGGUUGAUUCCACACAUCCUUGCCUUAAGCCCAUGUGGGCUGAUUCUACCCACCAAUCAGAGGCUUGCUCUAAUGGAAGGUGUGAAUUUGCUGUCAGCAGUGGGUGUGUUGGCCCUUGUCGGCCUGAAGCAGACCCCCUCGAGAAGAGGGCUGAGGAUGAGCCUUGAUUGGCCCGGAAAAAUACCAGGCCACCCAGAUAUGUAAACAACCUACGCUACCCGGCCCGGGCCGACCCGGUACAGAUGGGAAUGGCCCAUAUGUCUGCUUACUUUUAGCUUCCAACUGAAAACGAUGGUUGUGUGUUGAGCAGCUACUCUAGCUUUGAUAAUGGUUGCAUCAUCAUGUGGGCGGGGUUUGGAAAGCGGUUCUUCGCAAGCGCCAGCUCGGUGGAAAAAACCCUGUCGGUAUUAAAAACAGCACAAUGAAUGAAAAAAAAUGUUUUUAUGUCAAAUACAGAAUGUUGAAAAUGCACUUUGUAAAGACUGGAUAUGUUGUCACUUUUGUAAAGAAUAUCCACAUUUAUAGCAACGUUGACGGAGUCAGACCAAAUGUGCAAGGUUUUCUUUCCUGUCGUGAUCAUUUACUACAGCUGAUUAUGUGCCAUAUAAAUGUGUGCCAUGUUUACUAUUAGAAUCAAAUGAAUGGCGUAGACUUGUGUGUUUGAGGGAGUGUCCCAGCCAGUGACUUGGUUCAUUGUCUAUGAUUGGUGAUAUAUUUUAAUGUUGCGUAUAAAGUGCUGUUAUAUUUUAUUGUAUCACAUCUUUCAACCUGGAAACUGACGCUGGCUGUUCAGUCUACAUGUUUCUAAAUAAAACAAAGCAUCGUA